AUGGCCAAAGGAUUCCUGGAUUCAUUACCGAGCUAUGUCAAUAAAGGCAUUGAUCAAAUUUUCAGGGUAUUACCAGAAACAAAGAAAUUGGAUUACAUUUUGAAAGGCAGAUUGUCUCAUUUCAGUCAACUGCAAUGGAUGGACAAUAAUUUAGAAGGAGAAGAUUGUGUUCGGCGACUUCGAAAUGCAGCUAUUGAGACUGUAAUGCGGUAUUCUGUUCCAGACAGUCCAUUUUUCAACGAUGAACGCUUGUUUGCGAUUUUUUGUAUCGUUGGAAAGUUAAGUCGAACCAUGGGAUUAAAAUCAGUCAUGGAAGAGUUGCACAAUCGGAAACAGUUUUACGAGUUGGCAGAAUUUUAUGUCAAAUGGGCAGAGAUUUUUGCGAAAGAGAGAGAUAGAAAUCGAUUCAACCAGAUUUGGAAUCGAGCUUUGAAGGCGAGUGCCCAACCUACAUCACGUAUAAAUGAAGCUUUCAAAGCCAUGUUGUAUCAGUACUUUGAGUCCGAUGAAGAAAUGACUGUGAAUCUUUUCAGAAAACCUGUUGCAUCAAAAGAUUUACCAGUGGUAUUUGGAAUGGCAAGUCAAGAAACUAGGGCUCAGGAUCAAAUUGAAUUUGUACCGACACCGAGCGAACUCUACUAUACUACCAUCAAAGGACGAAUGCAAAUAGCUAAUGAUCAGGAAUCUAUUGAAGAGCUGUUUGCUCAGGCUGGAAAUUAUAUGCGUGAUUUAAAUAUAGCGUCAAGGCCUUCAAGCAGAUUAUCAGUCUGUAAGUUAUCAGCUAUAAGUGAAGAACGAAGUGGUUAUGGCAGUAGUUCUUCGAAUAAUCCAUCUCAAAAUGCAGAAAGUUUAGUGAAAUUAGCUCAAACAUCUGAAGAUGGCGCAAGCGACGACAUGCCAGCCCCUGCAGUUACUGCUGCACCUACGACUUCUGAAACUGGAACUUCUAAUUACUUACAAGCAGUAUUUACAGAAUGUCCACAGUCGACUUUCCAUGGCACUUCCUUUACUGAAAAAUUUUUAAGUAAAGCAAUGCGUGACUUUUCAAGUACCGUGCCGGUUCCACCACCACGAUCAGUGCAUCAUGAAACAGAACAGACUACAGUUUUGCAAGAAACUUUAAACGAAAGUGAAGUUCAUCUUCCUCCUGCUUUAAAGAAGACAAAAUUUGAAGUUUAUGUGGAAGAACCUGCGAAGAAUCAAGAAACGGAGAAUGAAGUCAUACCUUUCACUGUUCACGCCGAUGAAAAUGGAACAACUUUAGUUAAUAAAAAAAAGACAGAUAUGGAACAAGCUGGGGAGAACUAUAGGAAUCUUGGUGAAUGUGAAAGUCGUAAUUCUCAAUUAACUUCCAAGAAAAUAACACAACAUGAAGAAAAUAUUCAAAUAAAUGGAAAACAAGAAAAAUGUACCAAUGAAAAAAUUCGACUUUCUCUUCCUGAUCGGACUGAUGAAGAAACAUUAGCAGGUAUGAACAAAGCAGCUAAAACAGGAGCAAUAACAUCAACUCCUGCAAGCAACUAUGCACCUCCAAUUGAAGAUCCAAUAGAAGAUUCAUUCUGUCGACCUUCAUCACGUGCAAUAGACGAUUUGAAUCUAAAAAAUGCAUUAAAUGAAGCUUAUGGUUCCGCGUUUUCUAAGCGAAGUAGCGAAUAUGGAGUUAGAUUUUUACUAUUAUUAGUUUUAUGUAAAUAUCUGGCAGCUUUCAACAAGUUAUCUCAAAAAGUUGGAGUUGAGAACAUUGUUGGGAACAAAGUGGCAGGAUUACCCGGUAGUAGCAACUUAAAUGAGCAGCUACGCCGAUUAUCGAUUGCUAGAAAUGAUGUGGAAAUAAAUAAACUAGCUGAGGAAGAGUUGGAGUCUGAAAUUAUUAAUCCGUGGGAUGCAAACUUGCGAAGAAAAAUAAUGACUGAUCGACGUUUUUACUCAACGAAUGUUCAUGAUUUCCCACUGCAAAAGUGCGAUCGCCUCACUCCUGGCGGUGUAGUGAUUUUAGGCGGCGAACGUUUCAAUAUUGAAAGCGUAAUUGGCGAAGGGGGUUUUGCCAAAGUUUAUAAAUCGAAAUCUGAAGAUGACAAUAAUUACGCAAUAAAAUUUGAAUUACCACCAUGCAAAUGGGAAGUUUAUAUUUGCGAAACACUACGAAAUCGAAUGCCAAAAAUAAUGUUGGAUGGUAUCAUGAAUGUCCGUGAUGCGUACAUAUUUUUAAAUGCGAGUGCUAUCGUUUACGAAUAUCAUAGACAUGGAAAUCUCCUUGACAUGGUAAACAAAUUACGUGCCAAAAAGAUAGAGUGCUCUGGCUUACUGACUGCUUAUCUGGCGUGGGAGAUUGCUCGAAUUGUUGAGGCAGUUCAUGACGCCCAAAUAAUACACGGAGAUAUUAAGCCAGAUAAUUUCAUGAUUCUCCACGGACUGAAUGAAAAUGAUACAAUAGAACAUAUUCUGGACAAAAAAUGCUUUACAUUAAAACUAAUUGAUUGGGGACGUGCAAUUGAUAUGAGCUCCUUCCCAGAGAGCACAUUUCGAGGAAAAGCUGGAACUGAUACAUUUGACUGCCCUGAGAUGCAAGACGGUAGGCCGUGGACGUAUCAAACGGACUAUUUUGGUUAUAUUUCUACACUUCACGUUAUAAUCCAUGGCAAGUACAUGAACAUAUAUCGGAACCAUCUCGGACGUUACAGUUCAACAUCUGUCAUGAAAAGGCGCUGGCAUCAAAAAGAACUUUUAGAAGAUAUAUUUGAUAUGUGCAUGAAUAUAAUAGAUUGUAAAUCAUUACCCAAAUGGUCAACAAUAAUUGAUGGCUUAGAAAAUAAUAUCAAGUACUGGAUUGUGGAAGAUCGGAAAGUAUGGAAGCAGGCAGCAAGAGAACUGAACGCAGGUAUUGCGCCUUAA